AUGGACCCAUUCUCCAGAUACACGGACAUGGAACUUUGGACGGCCCUUGAAGAAGUCCAGCUGAAAGGAAUGGUAGAGGAACUUCCUGGGCAGCUGUACUACCAGUUGAAAGAAUCGGGAUCGAACUUCAGUGUUGGCGAGAGACAGCUGGUGUGUCUUGCUCGAGCACUGGUUCACAGAAGUAAGAUUAUUAUCAUGGAUGAAGCCACGGCCAAUGUAGACUUCAAGACUGAUCGUCUCAUCCAGGAAGUCAUUCGUCACAAGUUUAAGGAUUCCACGGUGCUGACCAUUGCUCACCGACUCGACACAAUUAUGGAUUACGACAAAGUUCUGGUUCUUGAGGGCGGACGAGUCAUGGAGUUCGACAAACCGGACGCACUGAUAAGAAAUGGCGGAUUAUUUGCAGAUUUGGUUAAAAUUGCCAGUGAAUCAAAAAGCCGAACUCUUUAAUCCUCAGUUAAGGAUUUCUCCUUUUUGAUCAGACUGAAAAUUUAACCAAAUGAAUCUAUCACUCAAAAAGGAGUAUUUUUUGGCAAAUUUUAAAAUGUACUUUAUUUUAUUUAGCUUCCUACCAUGUACAGUAAUUAGCCCAAUUCACUGAAAGGUGACAGCCCAGCUGCUAUGGUUACCCCCGGGAUCCUGGUGAUGUGUAGUACAUAACCAUGGAAACGUUAAAAAAUUCAAAGGAAGGACUUUUACACCCGGGGAAGGAGGUGGGGUGAGUGUGGAUGCAUGCGAGAUGACGGUACAAAGGGGCUAGUUCUUGAAAUUGCCGAAAUUAAGUACAGAUUUAACCGUUCGAGUCUAGGAGAACCGUUGACCACUAUUAUUUGAAUGAAAAAGUAAGAAAGUAACUAAAUUCGGGUUUACAAGAGUAACCUCGGGUUGGUGCCCAAACACCUUCGAGAUAAUGGGCCUGAGGGGAACACAGAGCUUAGAACAAGC